GUUCCCUGAUCUCCAUCUUGUACCAAAGGCCAACCCACAAGGGCUUCCUCAACAUGAAGCUGGUCCUGGUCUUCAUGCUGGCCGCCAUCCCCAUUUACUGCUAUGCCAGCAGUUCUGGCUGCCAUGCAAUGGAUGAAGUCAUUGCACAGACUAUUAACUCAUCAGUGUCUGUGGCUGAGUAUCAGGGUGUGGUUAAGUCAUAUGCACCUCUUCCUUAUGACCAAAAGGCUUUGGCCAAAUUGAAACAAUGUUUCCUGGACCAGUCUGAGGAGACUCUCACCAAUGUUAAAGUGAUGGUGAAUGCUGUAUAUGACAGUAAAGACUGUCCACAGUCUGCCUAAAAGUUCCACAAGACCCUAAGCUCACAGUAAUGAAGAGAAUGAUCAUGAGCCAGCAGCUGAUAUGAAAAUCAUAACUUUUCUUUCUUGAUUUUAUCUUUCUGUCUAUAAAGUGCAAGACUAUUGUUGGUAUCUCAAUGGCAUUUCUUUCUACUGA